CAGACCACAAGUUCUUUUAUGGUCAACAGACGAAUCACAGGUUCUUUUUUGGUCAACUGACCAAUCACAUGUUCUUUACGAAUUGGGAUGCAUCAAUAAUUACAAUCUCAAAAGCCUUUCUUCUCCAUCGAGCUACUAGCAAACUAAGCAACCAAGAGAAAAAAUGGCUGCUGCUUUGAUUGGAGAGGCUUUUCUCUCCGCUUCCAUCCAGGUGUUGUGUGACAGAAUUGUUUCAACCGACUUCCGUGACUUGUUCCGGCAGAAGAAGCUGGAUGAACGGCUUCUCCUGAAACUGAAUAUGACGCUGCUCACCCUUUCUGCAGUCCUCGAUGAUGCGGAAGAGAAGCAAAUUUCAAACCUUACUGUGAGAAAAUGGCUCGACGAGGUCAAACAUGCUGUCUUGGAUGCGGAGGACUUGCUGGAUGAGAUCGACACUGAAGCUUUGCGAUGCAAGGUGGAAGGUGAAGGUCAAACCGACAAAUUAACCAACAAGGUGUGGAACCUCAUCUCUCCUUCUCGUAGUAAUUUUUAUCGAAGCAUGAAUGUUGAGAUAGAAGGGUUAUUACAAAGGCUGGAUGGCUUUGUGCAACAGAAGGUUGCCCUUGGUCUGACGGGAGAUGUUGCGAGGAAGGGUUCACAUAGAACUCCAACAACUUGCUUGAUUCAUGAACCUUGUGUAUAUGGAAGAGACGGAGAUAAAGAAAAUUUAUCAAAAGUCUUGUUCUCUGAUGAUGCAAGCGAGGAUGAUGUAUCUAUCAUCACCAUUGUUGGUAUGGGCGGGGUUGGCACGACCCUUGCUCGAGCCCUUUACAAUGAUGAUAAGGUGAAAGAGCACUUUACCCUUAGAUCUUGGACAUGUGUUUCAGAAGAUUAUGAUGCUAUUAGGGUGACUAAAACUCUUCUCGAGUCGGUCACUUCAGAACCUUGUAAGAUGACAGAUUUGAAUAUGCUUCAAGUUGAACUUAGAGAACAACUGAAGGGAAAGAAAUUCUUAUUUGUGUUGGAUGAUCUUUGGAAUGAGAAAUAUAUUGAUUGGAAGUGCCUCCAAACUCCUUUUACUUCCGGGGCAAGCGGAAGUAAAGUCAUCGUAACAACACGAAGUGAAAAUGUCGCAUCUCUCAUGAAAAAUGUCCCCAUUCAACACUUGAAGCCUUUGUCGCAUGAAGAUUGUUGGAUGUUACUUUCAAAACAUGCGUUUGGAAACGAAAACCACAAUGCACAUCCAACUUUGGAAGAUAUUGGCAAGAAAAUUGCACGCAAGUGCAAUGGUUUGCCUUUAGCGGCAGAAACACUCGGGGGUCUAUUACGUGGCCAGAGAGACUUCGAGGAAUGGAAUAAAUUAUUAAGUAGUAGUCUUUGGGAGCUACCUUAUGAUAAAAGUGAUAUCCUUCCAGCCCUAGGGUUGAGCUAUCAUUAUCUCCCUGCUCCGUUGAAACGAUGUUUUGUUUAUUGUUCAAUUUUUCCAAAAGACUAUGAGUUCAAGAAGGAAGAUAUGGUUCUACUUUGGAUGGCAGAAGGUUUAAUUCCACAAGGUUUUAACGGGCAAAGAAUGGAAGAGACGGCUAGAAGUUACUUCGAUGAGCUGGUAUCACGAUCGCUACUUCAAAAAUCAGGGGAGGAUGGUUUCACAAUGCAUGAUCUUCUUAACGACUUGGGUCAGUUCAUGUCUAGGGGAUUUUUUCUCAGGUUGGAAGAGAGGGAAUCACAAGAAGUUGAAAGACUUCGUCAUUUGUCAUAUGAUAGGGGAGAAAUUGAUGCUGCUAAAAAAUUUGAGCCAUUAAAUGGGGCUAAGUGUCUGCGGACCUUCCUACCUAUCUCAUUAUAUGGCUCGUUCUUCCACAUAAGUAAAAAGUUUCUACAUGAUUUGUUGCCAUCCCUGAAACGUUUACGGGUUUUAUCAUUGUCACAUUAUGGAAAUUUUUCUGAAGUACCUGAUUCUGUGGGCAGUCUCAUUCACCUGCGCUACCUGGAUCUCUCCGGGACGGCAAUUGUAAGCUUACCUGGUGCAGUUUGCACUCUCUACAAUUUGCAGACGUUGCUGUUGUCAUAUUGUCAUGCUCUCAUUGAACUGCCAGCAGACAUGACAAAAUUGAUAAAUUUACGGAAGUUAACGUUGGCAGGUUGCAGCUCCCUUACUAAAUUACCAGCAGAUAUGAGGGAAUUGAGUAGUUUGCAUUACCUCGAUGUCUGGGGAACAAAAAUACAAGUGAUGCCAGUGGAAAUUGGAAGACUAAAAAGUUUGAGAACAUUAACUGAUUUCGUUGUGGGGAAAUCUACCGGGUCUAGCAUUGGAGAAUUAAGGGAGUUGCAGCAUCUUCAAGGAAGACUUUGUAUUUCAAAGCUGCACAAUGGAGUUCAUGUUGUGGAUGCAUUGGAAGCCAAUUUGAAGGAUAAGAAAGAACUCAAGGACUUAGAGUUGGCAUGGGGUGUGGAGGAAGCCGAUGAUUCCCAAAAGGAGAGAGAUGUGCUUGACAAGCUCCAACCUUCUGCAAAUUUGGAGAAACUGACUAUCAGAUUCUAUGGAGGGUUCAGCUUCCCAAAUUGGUUAGGAAGCUCUAAUUCCUUCUCGAACAUACAGUUCAUGUGUAUCAGUGAUUGUAAGUAUUGUUUGUCCUUGCCAAGUUUUGGGCAGCUGCCCACUCUUAAAGAGCUACGCAUCGAAAGGAUGAAUUUUGUUACGAAAGUUGGUGAUGAAUUCUAUGGUGAUCUUAAUGGAGCUUCUGUAAUUCAGCCCUUUCGGUCUCUGAAGAUGCUAGAGUUUAAGGAGAUGCCAGAGUGGGAGGAUUGGCUACCGAGUCCAAGUGAAGGUCAAUGUUCAGACUUUCCUUGUCUCGAGGUGCUGAGAAUAAGUUACUGUAAGAAGCUGAGAGGGUACUUGCCCAAUCAUCUUCCAUGCUUGAAAACACUUAGGGUGUAUAGGUGUGAAUAUCUGCAUCUGCAUGAUGAAUGGGCCAGUAUUAACAUGGACUACUUACAGAAUUCAUUGGAAAUAGAGAUUGGUGGAUGCCCAGGUCUGUUACCAUUAAUAGAGAGAGUAGAGAAGAAGUUCUUGUCCACACUGAGAAUUUCUAAUUUUGAUGCAAUACAGUGCCUGCCCAAAAUGAAAUAUCUUCGAAGAUUGACUUUCAGGGAUUGCCCAACCGUCGUCAUUAGAGUUCUUAUCUCAUGAGAUGAUGGCCGAAUUGACGUCACUUGAGUCCUUGUUUAUAUACGAUAGUUUUCAUUCAGUGAGGUCCUUCCCGUUGGGCGUUUUCCCCAAACUUUCAACUCUUGAAAUUGAUGGCUGUGAGAAUCUGGAAUCCUUUUCUAUUGAAGGAGUUGAUCAGAACCUAAGCCAUCUCAAUCAACUCCAAAUCUGCAACUGUCCAAAUCUGGCGUCUUUCCCGGACGGAGGAUUGCCCACUCCCAACUUGAGAGAAUUGAAGGUCUGGACGUGCAUGAAUUUGAAGUCGUUCCCCGAACGAAUUCGCACCCUCACCGCCCUUGAACGAUUGCAUAUCUCGAAUCUUCCAAAUCUUGUAUCAUUUGCACAAGGGGGUUUGCCUCCCAACCUGCAAUAUUUUGAUGUUAGACGUUGCGACAAAGUGAAGCCUUCGGUGGAGUGGGGAUUACAAGGACUUGUCUCCCUUAAACAUUUUGAAAUUGCUGGCGAGAUCUGGGCACCGUUGCUCAAGGAACAGCUCCUGCUCCCUACUACUCUUAACGGUCUCCUCAUCAUUGGAUUAUCAAGUCUGAAAUCGGUGGUGGAUGUAAAAGUACUUCGACACUUUGCUUCUCUUCAUUGGCUAAGUAUUGAAGAUUGCCCAAGUCUGGAAUUCCUGCCACGAGAGGGACUUCAACACCUCACUUCUCUUCAAUUUCUAAAUAUUUCUCGUUGCCCAAGUCUGGAAUUCCUUCCAACAGAGGGACUUCUACACCUCACUUCUCUUCAAAAGCUACGAAUUUCUGACUGUCCAAAACUCCAAUUCCUGCCAGAAAACGGUUUGCCGCCAUCUCUUUCUUGCCUGGAGAUCUACUCUUGUUCCGCCCUGGAGAAAAGGUAUGAGGAUAAGACGGGAGAAGAUUGGGCCAAGAUAUCUCACAUUCCUUGCAUACGGAUAAACGACGAAGUCAUCAUAUGAGCUCUGUCUCUCUCAUACAAAGUUGUGCUUUUCGGCAUUUGACUCUCAGCAAAGAAGACACAUAUUGAUCAACAUAAUAAAAACCAUCAAUUCUGCUUAUUUUGGUCUGCAGAAGCCUACACAAACUUGCAUCCACACUUUCCUCCUCCUCCAUUGGCAGGCUGUCUCGUUUUCCUUAUUCAGGACAGACUCAUUUAUGGCCUUUGUGGAUGCGGCAGCGAGCUAACUGUGGUGUGGAACUGUAAACUAGAAUUACCCAAGGGAACAGAUGCUAGCUUGCAUCAAUUACUGGGCCUGUCUGGCAUGAGUAAACAGCCGUGGCAUGCUUUUAUAGUUUUCUUACGAUGUCCUAGUGAUCUUCACGCUGGUGCAAGAGAUAUAUCAUAGUCCUUAUUGUGGAACUUAAGAGGCGAUUGUCUGAGGCAACGGAUGUUAGCUCACAUCAAUUUCCUAAGCAUUUUUGGCUUGAAGAUGAUGCACCUCUAAAGGAAGAUGAUGGAACCCCAGGAUGAUAUAUUUCUUUGUCAUAUGGGCGUGGUUUGAAUACGGUGGCCUGAUAUCUCAUCUUCUUUCAAUGCCAUUAUCAUCUUCAAGUUGGUGUGUAUCUACGCUUUUCCUUACAAAUGUAAACUGGGGAGUUUGUUGAGCUGAUAUGUAAGUAAAGCAAAAGCAUCCGAGAUGGCAUUCAUGUUGAAUAGCUAUCACAAGAAGCAGGCAUUUCAAAAUUUCAUAUGUAGUAGGAGUGUGAGAAAACAGAUGGGGAAGCCUAACAUGGGUGGCACAAACUUGAGAGAUUUGGAAGUCAGUGGAUGCAAGAGUUUGAAGUCGUUCCCCGAACGAAUUCGCACCCUCACCGCCCUUGAACGAUUGCAUAUCUGGGAUCUUCCAAAUCUUGUAUCAUUUGCCCAAGGGGGUUUGCCUCCCAACCUGCAAUAUUUUAAGGUUACACAUUGCGACAAAGUGAAGCCUUCAGUGGAGUGGGGAUUACAAGGACUUGUCUCCCUUAAACAAUUUACAAUUGCUGGCGAGAUCUGGGCACCGUUGCUCAAGGAACAGCUCCUGCUCCCUACUACUCUUCACUGGCUACGUAUUGAAGAUUGCCCAAGUCUGGAAUUCCUGCCACGAGAGGGACUUCAACACCUCACUUCUCUUCAAUUUCUAAAUAUUUCUCGUUGCCCAAGUCUGGAAUUCCUUCCAACAGAGGGACUUCUACACCUCACUUCUCUUCAAAAGCUACGAAUUUCUGACUGUCCAAAACUCCAAUUCCUGCCAGAAAACGGUUUGCCGCCAUCUCUUUCUUGCCUGGAGAUCUACUCUUGUUCCGCCCUGGAGAAAAGGUAUGAGGAUAAGACGGGAGAAGAUUGGGCCAAGAUAUCUCACAUUCCUUGCAUACGGAUAAACGACGAAGUCAUCAUAUGAGCUCUGUCUCUCUCAUACAAAGUUGUGCUUUUCGGCAUUUGAGUCUCAGCAAAGAAGACAGAUUAUCCCUACAUCUUCAACAUUUUCGGAUGGUAUGAAGAGGAUCAAUCCAGCAUAGUAAGCAUCAAAAGUGCAACAUGUUUAGAAGCCUACUUUCGACAUAGGCGGCACAAACUUGCAUCCACACUUUCCUCCUUCUCCAUUGGCAGGCUGUCUCGUUUUCUUUAUUCAGAUACCAGCUUGAAGCUUGCGUUGAUACUUUAUGCCCUUGUGGUUCCGAUCAUAUAAUCGCAGCUGACAAAUGGAAAGAUGUGGGUAGUUAAAUCUUUCGAGGACAGACUCAUUGAUGGCCUUUGCGGAUGCAGCAGCGAGCAAACUGUGGUGUGUAACUGUAAAGUAGAAUUACUGAGCCUGUCUGGCAUGAGUUAACAGCCGUGGCAUGCUUUUCUAGUUUUCUUCCGAUGUCCUAGUGAUCUUCACGCUGGUGCAACAGACAUAUCAUCGAGAGUCCUUGUUGUGGAACUUAAGAGGCAAUUGUCUGAGGCAACAGAUGUUUAGCUCACAUCAAUUUCCUAAGCAUUUUUGGCUUGAAGAUGAUGCACCUGUAAGGGAAGAUGAUGGAACCCCCGGAUGAUAUAUUUCUUUGUCAUAUGGGCGUGGUUUGAAUAAUCGAAAUUCGCCACGUAUUGUAUUGGGGUAUGCGUGGCACCCGAUAAUUGGCCAUUCCUGUAUAUACAUCACAGGAUGUAGUAACUAAUAGUUUGAUCCCUAUUUGGACUUUGGUCUAAAAUUUGGGUGCCUAUUUUUUA